GGAAAAGCAAAGCGCUCCCGGGAGUUUGGGACCCGGAUACCGGGCGGGAUGGACGCGGAGUUUUUCAUGGGGGGGGCGGGAGGGAUUAUUGGGGACUGGGAGGACAGGGGAAUGGAUGAAGACUAUGGGGAAGGGGAGGAUGAUGGGGAGGUGCAACAGGAGUGUUUGCGGAAAUUCACCACCCGGGAUUAUAUCAUGGAACCUGCUGUUUUCAACACACUGAAGAGGUACUUCCAGUCGGGGGGGUCCCCAGAAAAUGUCAUCCAGCUCCUGUCGGAGAAUUACAGCGCCGUGGCGCAGACUGUGAAUCUGCUGGCGGAAUGGCUCAUCCACUCGGGUGUGGAGCCCGCGCAGGUACAAGAGACGGUGGAAAACCAUCUGAAGAGUUUACUGAUCAAACACUUCGACCCAAGGAAAGCCGACUCCAUCUUUACAGAGGAAGGAGAGACGCCGGCCUGGCUGGAGCAGAUGAUCGCCCACACCACAUGGAGAGAUCUGUUCUACAAACUGGCAGAGGCCCAUCCCGACUGCCUGAUGCUGAACUUCACUGUCAAGCUGAUCUCGGAUGCCGGGUACCAGGGGGAAAUCACCAGCGUCUCCACGGCGUGCCAGCAGCUGGAAGUCUUCUCCAGGGUCCUCCGUACUUCCCUGGCAACGAUCCUGGAUGGGGGAGAAGAGAACUUGGAGAAAAACCUCCCCGAAUUCGCAAAGAUGGUGUGUCACGGAGAGCACACGUACUUGUUCGCUCAGGCCAUCAUGUCCAUCCUGUCGCAGGAGGAGCAGGGGGGGUCGGCCAUGAGAAGGAUCGCACAAGAGGUCCAGAGAUUUGCACAUGAAAAGGGCCAUGAUGUCAGUCAGAUCACAUUGGCUUUGGGCUCUGCCGCUUCCUACCCUCGGGCCUGUCAGGCGCUGGGGGCCAUGCUGUCCAAGGGGGCCCUGAAUCCGGCCGACAUCACUGUGCUCUACAAGAUGUUCACAAGCAUGGACUCCCCUCCUGUAGAGCUGAUCCGCGUGCCGGCCUUCCUGGAUCUCUUCAUGCAGUCGCUGUUCAAACCAGGCGCCAAAAUAAACCAGGACCACAAGCACAAGUACAUCCAUAUCUUGGCCUACGCCGCCAGCGUGGUGGAAACGUGGAAAAAGAACAAGAGAGUGAACAUUAACAAGGAUGAGCUGAAGUCGACCUCUAAAGCCAUUGAGACCGUCCAUAACUUGUGCUGCAAUGAGAACAAGGGGGCGUCGGAGCUGGUGGCCGAGCUGAGCACCCUGUACCAGUGCAUCAGGUUCCCUGUGGUAGCCAUGGGCGUAUUGAAAUGGGUCGACUGGACGGUGUCAGAACCGCGCUACUUCCAGCUGCAGACGGAUCACACCCCUGUGCACUUGGCGCUACUAGAUGAGAUCAGUACGUGCCACCAGCUGCUCCACCCGCAGGUCCUCCAGCUGCUCGUUAAACUCUUUGAGACGGAGCACUCGCAGCUCGAUGUCAUGGAGCAGCUGGAGCUGAAGAAGACGCUGCUGGACCGGAUGGUUCACCUGCUGAGCCGCGGGUAUGUCCUUCCUGUGGUCACCUAUAUCCGCCGGUGCCUGGAGAAACUCGAUACCGACAUCUCCCUCAUCCGAUACUUCGUCACAGAGGUCCUGGAUGUCAUUGCACCUCCCUACACCGCGGAUUUUGUGCAGCUUUUCCUCCCCAUCCUGGAGAACGACAGCAUUGCCGGCACCAUCAAGGCAGAAGGGGAACACGACCCGGUGACGGAGUUUAUAGUUCACUGCAAAUCGAAAUUCAUCAUGAUAAACUGACCAGCAGGACGAGAGCUGUGAGCACAAAGGAUUGUGGGGGAUACAGACGCGUGGGGGAGGGGGGGGGCAACUCUGUGCUGUGUAUAUACAAACCUGCGUGUCGGGGGGCUGUACAGAAAUGUGCGCUUUGUGUGUUUUUGCUUUUUUUUUUAAAAUAAAUAUUCUUACAGAA